GCACCGGCAGCAGCUGUCCGCCACCACGGCUCCCUCACGCCUCACGCCUCUCGCACCACCUCGGCCUCUCAUACAUCAUCACCUUCUUCCCCUCACGCACUCUGCCCAUCCCUGAAACGCACCACGUUCUGACGCACCACGUCCUGACGCACCACGUUCUGACGCACCAAGUCCUGACGCACCACGUUCUGACACACCCCGUCCUCUCUGAGAGGAGCAUAUAGAGGACACCACGACGAGUCACUACAGGCUUGGCAGCAGCAUAUAAUGACAGCCUUCUGGAAAUGGAGUGCAUCUAUAAUGUUUGUGCUUAUCUUUGUCUGUAGCUGCUUAGGCCAGGAUUGGCACUAUGGACGUCAACAAAGUCAAGACUCUGCAGCACAUAAUCAGCAUGGAGGAGGUAGAGGUGUGGGGAGCCGAUUCAGAAACCACGAAGAUGGUGGGGAUGAUAGUCGCUUGUUGACACAGGAAGAGAGGAGAAGGAUGCGGCAGGAGCGGAGACAGGAAAGGCUUGAGAGAAGGGAUGAACGGAGGCGACAAAAGCAGGAUGGCCGGAGAAUAGGUCAUGAACCAAGACAUGAAGAACCCAUUGAUGUGGUAGAUUUAGCAUGGCUGAGGGCUAACCUUUCUUCCCUCUGGAGAGAGUUUCGAGCUUUCACUAAACACCAGGGACAUGGACAUACAAACCGUGGUUCUCUAGCAAGAGAACGCAGUGAGCACUCGGGAGCUAGUGAGGUUACAGAAGAUCAUGCCUCUUGCCCUACUGGAGUAGAUGGUUGUCGCGGCAAUGGAGGCCAGAUCUGCAGUGGGCAUGGAAAGUGCUCAUGUGGUCAUUGUCAAUGCAACUCUGAUUACUAUGGCAGUACCUGCCAAUGUAGUGAUCAUACAUGUGAUUUAUAUGAUGGAAUGCCGUGUGGUGGACCAAGUCGCGGCCAGUGUCGUUGUGGAGGGUGUGUGUGUCGACCUGGUUAUGCUGGAGAAGCAUGCAAUUGCCCCACUCAAACUCAGACAUGUAUGUCUCCAGGGAACAAUAGCAUAUGUUCCAAUAAAGGGAAGUGUGUGUGUGGAAGAUGCAACUGUGGAGAUGGGUACAAGGGAAUGUUUUGUGAGGAUACUGUAUAUGCAGCUGGAGUGUGUGAAAAGCUGAAGCCUUGUGUUCUUUGUAAGGCUUGGAAACGAGAGUUCUCUACAUGCCACCAAUGUCAGAUCACAGUCACUGCUGUGGAUAUUCUGGAACCAUCAAUGACAACUUGUGUGAUGGUUAACUCUGGCUGCAUUCUCAAGUAUUCAUACAUACUACAAGCUUUGGAUACAUACACUGUUCUUGUGGAAAGAAAUAAUGAAUGUCCGCCUCAAAUUGACUAAGCAGAACUCUCAAGAUAAUAAUCCACAAAUGCAGGUCAGAGUGAGUUGUCUCAACGAUGAGCAGAACUUGUGUUGCCAGCGUUACAAAAGAAGACCCACAGUGUUACGAAAGAAGACCCACGUAAUUGUAUUCAUUGUUCUGAAGCAAAUGUUGCCAUGUUCUAAUUACAGAGUGUAUAUCUAGUUAUACACAGUAGUACAGUAUAUUGAUUUCAAUUCAUUCAAGUAAUUCAAUAAUAUAUUACUUAUGUCCAUGGUCACAAUGACAAAUGGUACAAAAAUAUUAACCAAUUCACAAAUAGGGUUAUAUAAGUAUAUAUUAGACAUAUACUGUAUAUAUAUAUAUAUUAUAUACAGCUAUAAAUUUUCUAAAAGAUUUUUUAAAUACUUUUACAGUGAAAUUUCAACACAACAAAUUUCAAAUUUCUAGAUGUCGCCUUCCAUUGUCAGCACAGUGUUUGAUCCGUGUCCGUGUUCUCUUAGUCAUUUUCUUCCAUAUUAAAAGCUGAAUUUUAUAAAUGUCCCUGAUGACGACUGCUUUUAGGUCCUCAACAUUCAUGAGCCACCAUUGAGAGAUCUCAUUCACAAUGUCCUCAAUUAUAUAUGAAAAUUAACCUUAGAUUGUGUGAUUACCAAGAUUUAAUCAUAUAUUUGAUGUACAGUACGGUACAUACAAAUUAUAUCAAUAUUUGUUGGAAAUUGUAGAUAUGAAUAAAUUUUGACAAAUUUUUCAGAAUUAAAAUUGAGGGAAAAACAAAUGUGCAAAGAUUUUAAAGUUGGGCUCAUUUACUGAGCUACUGUAGUUGUUAUAUUCAUGGUUAUGGUCAAUUUUCUGCAGAUGCAUUUGACUUUCACAAGACUAAAAGGCUUUACCAAAUCUUUGCCACUUUAUCAUUCUGACUUUAAACAUGAUUCAUUGAUUUUUUAUUCAAUAUGUACUUAGAUAUUACAACACAUUCAUUCAAGGUUUCAUUUUGCUAAAUAGUUUUCUAUCACAAAAUUCAACAAGACUACAUAUUAUUGUAAUUUUAUAUGUUUAUUUAUGUUACUCUUUUUUAUAUUUCUUAACUGUUUUAGACACCUGAAUGUAAAUAGCUUUGUAGACCAGUGUGCAUCGUGUUUGGGUCAGGGAAGACUGGGGAAGCCCUGGUAGCUUCAGGGAGCCACCAGAAAGAGACAUUUCAUUACAGUCAAUGCUGUUUUUGUUUUUUUAACCUGUAAGAAAGUUAGUGUCAUACAUGUAGAGGUAGCACUACAGAUAGUUAACCCCUGAAACAUUUGCAGUUAUUGAUCAGAUUUACUUCCCUAAUAGUCACACGAUGCAACUUUUUUUGGGGGGAUGAGGGGUGUAAGAGAGGGGAGAGGCCAAAAGUUAGUCGCUUGCUCCACGAAUGUGUCAGCACAUUGGGUUGGUAGAAUAAAUACGAAAUAUGGGGUGACAGUUCUUGUUUAAUACUAGAGCUUCAUGAAGAUGAAUUUACAUGCUAUUAGUAGCAUGAAUGUACCUGUAUUUUGUAUUAGUUUAAGUUCAUUUGUAUCCCAGUUCUUAAGAACAGAUUUUCUACUUUUAGCAUUUAAUUACUGUACAACUCUCCAAUAAAUAUAUUCUAUUGUGUCUUAUUACAAUUAAUAAUAAUAAAAUGUAUAUAUGGUAA